GGAAAAGGUUACAUGUUUAGUGGUUAAAAACCUUUUUCUUCCGUUCCGAGUAUGGCUAGUUUUUCUUAAGAUUGUUUUAUGAUGGAAUAUUAUAUUGAUGCAAUUAAAAAGUAAAAUUCGAGAACUAGCAGAUAAAACAGACGAAAAUGAAUGAACAGAUGAAAAGAACAAUUAAACUGUUUGUCUUUAUACUGGUGGCUAUCAGUGCAGAACUUCAGGCGGCAAACCAUCCAAAUCAAACGAAACUAAUUCGUCAGUUUAAACCCGAACAAAAAACAUGUAAAGUUCUUUUAAAUCACACAAGUGCUCAGAAGCUUGCGAAGUCCUUCAAUGUAUUUCAGCCAGACUUUGCUAGACUCCAGUUGUAUUUCCACAACAUUUCCCACGUUGGCUACAGGAAUGAUGUUAUCAUGCCAUUUCACUGGGUGUGGACGUACUACACAGUACAUGGUCUGUUCACGUACCUCAAGUGGCCUUUGGACUUCCCACUAUUGUCCUUCGGUCUCCUCGGUGCAAAGACAUUACCAGAUGGGCACUAUCUCGAGUUGGUAGCUGUUAACGCAUCUAACUGCACACUUACUAUUGGGGAACUUGAAACGACCAGACAAAUAGCAGAAGCGCUGAAAGAUUUUUCUCAUAAUUACAUCGAGAAAAGCCGCAAUGAGAAAGGCUUUGAUUACUCCUACUGGUGUUAUUUGGCCGAAAUCCCUGGUAUCGAAGAGACGAUAAAAUAUAAACUGAGAAUAUAUACUGGCUAUCCGUUGUCAACUGCAGGGUAUAAUUGUUGCCAUACAGAGCACAACAUCACUAAUGCCAGUGAUAGUUUUGUGGUAUGCAAAAAUAAGCAAUACACGCAAAGCAUUGAAAGCUCUCUCAUACCAUAUGCAAUGAGUUUGGUUGCCUUUGCAUAUUUUCCUAUUGCAUUAAUGAAAGCAAGCAAGCGCUUAGUAAAAGUAAACACACGUAUGCAACCUCGAAACAACGACCAGAAUCGGUACAUAAGUGUUGAAGAAAAUCCGGACUUAACUUCGGACGAAACGGAUGAAGGAAAUUUCGUUUAUUUAGAUGGUACAGCUCCAAUAUGUUUUACAAAUAUAGUCAGUGGACUCUUCGGAUUUAGCAGAAAGUACCCAUAUGCAGCUUCUAGAAUUCAUAGGGCGCUCUUUGUCUCUCUUGUGCCUAGUAUCAUCUAUAUUCGGCUUCUUGUGUACAAUAAAUAUCUGAAAAUGGACACGAUGGCAAUGUUGAAGCAUAAUUGUCCGCUUGGAUAUCUGUCUCUGCUUGCAGGAUUCGAAAACAGCAGAAAAGUUUUCCUACCGGCUCUCGGUGGUCCAUUCUGUCUUCUUUUAGCAUAUUACAUUGCAAGCGUGAUCUUUCUAAUUUUGCCUUCCGAUAUUGAUAGCAUAUUUGAGUUGGGAUCAGAACGAAAUUAUUCUUUUUCGCAUUUUUCUCCCAUGUUAUUCAGUCUGAAAACAAUAGAAAAAUACUCCCACAGAAAUAUUGUGUGCAAAUAUGGAUAUGCAAAAGCAAGCGCUAUAUGUUCUGGUGGUGUUUUCAUGUUAACAAAUCCAAUUUUCUGGUGCUAUAUGUUUCAGGUUCAAUUUCAUCGGCUGGUGACCGUGUUUGAGUCAUUAAAACUCGUGUUCAGAAGAUAUUUUCCCUUAUGCAUAAUGUCAUUUGUUGUCCUUUGCCCAAUCGUGCUAGUAUUAUGCAUUCUUGAAAUAAUGUUAGUGAUUAUACUCUAUGGCUUUCCAGUGUUUAACUGGAUGUAUGUGGUCGUUCAAAGCUACACUCGAUUUAUUGUCCAGUUGUUCCAAACACAUCCUGUUCUUUCCAAAUUGGGUCAUUUCACACUCCUGAAAUCAGUUUUCAGCAUUUUCAUUAGCAUAUUCUUCUUGUACUAUGUAUUCAGUUUUUGUACAAUAUUUACGUACACGUUUGUGUUUCUGUCUAAGAUAUGUGUAUUUAGUUUUCUGGCAAUUAUUGUAUAUCCUUCCACCUCGUUUGGCUACCUUUUCUUUGGAAUUGUACUUGUGUAUUACAUUUUCAAAAUGGUAACAGGUUUUGGUGAAGGAUAUGUAGAGCUUCUUUCUGAAGCAGUCGAAGCUAGUACAGAGUUGGAAGACGAUCCAUUCAGGGCUCAUGUUGUAGAUGGUACCUUAGUCGUUUCCGAUACACAGUUCGGAGGAAUACGUAAACUUCAGAUUGGUUCAACAACAAUCGAGUUGACAAUCCAGCAGCAAAACAUUGUUCAAGGUCGACUUGCCUCAGGGAAAGCCAAAGUAAGACAAGAAAACUAUAAAUCUGGAAUUCCGAACGAUCUUUUCAUGAAAUUGGUCAACAAAUAUCGCCCAGUUCACAUUCAAGUAGCUCUUGCAACUUUAAAGCUGAUACUCAUCAUGUCGCUUAUAGCUUUCACGCUUAGCAUCAUAACUACCAAGCCCUUAGGUGCAAAUGAAGGGAUAUCGGAGGUCAUGCAUGUCGUGUUUCUCCUUGCCAUAGGUGCUCUGCCAAGAGUUUUGGAACUCGCGUUCAAUAAUAUGAACCAUUCUGUUCAAAAGGAUAUAAAACUUAGAAAGAUAAAAGCCGACAUUUUGAAGUACUGGCAUGGAGCGGAUGUUGGUAUAGUGGAGGAAAUCAAAUGAGUAGUAGCAGUAACACCACCCAGUAUAAGUUAUUAAGCCGAAACUAAUAAAAGACCUUCACAGAUCUUGUGUUCGUGCGUGCAGUUCAAAAUGUCCCAGAUUGGCUCGUUUAUAUGUAAGCUAAAGGCAGUCUAUGGGACUUGAACUCAUUAAUAAAUAGAUUUCACCCACCACCAUUUGUUUUCGCAAGAUUUUCAAUUGUUAUAUGUAUAUAUUUACACCUCAACUUCCAUUCCUUAAAUGAACUGCCUUGCAGCAAUUGCGUUCAUCAAUCGAUGAACGCAACAUCUUCGGAUAUGUUCGGAUCGCAAUUCAUUGCAUAACAAUAUACAUGAAAAAGAUUUAUCUUGUUAUUGUUUGUAUUGUGUCAGAAGGUCCCGUAAAAUAUAAAUCAACAUUUUAGAAAGUGUUAGUUUUUUAAAUUUUAUAUGUGUAGUUGCCAUAACUGUUUGAAUUUUACGUUUUAAAGUGAUUUCAAGUGGUUGAUCUUUUCCCGCGAUAUUGUGACGUCAUUUGAAAAAAAUGCUUCCGGUUAGAGUCGGGUCGUUCUAUUUACAGAAUGGGUAGGAAUGGGUUACUGAAAAGGUUUUUUUAAAUGAAAUUAAGUUUUUUUUUAACAAUUCUUGAAUAAAAUAAUGAACUAUUGGUGUAAAUAUAAGUCAUGAAUUGCGGGCUUGAUAUCAUUAUCGGGGAUAUGAACGCAAUUGGGCUGG